AUGUCCGAGCAACUUUCAACCCCGCGCAUCACUGCUGCCUAUCUUGACAACUUCGUCGGCAAAGUAGUCAUGCUCGUGGGAAAGGUUACGCAGCUACGAGGUGAGCAGGCCACUCUUGACUCAGAGGGCACUGUCACCGUCUUGUUGAACAGGGACGCCCAUCUCACAAAUGGUAACGCUGUGCAAGUCAUUGGAAAAGUCAAUCCGGACCUGUCGAUCAAGGUUUUGACAUCCCGGGAUUUGGGGACUGGUGUGGGCAAUUGA